GCAGCCGGACGGGAAGAUGGCGGACCUGGAGGAGCAGCUGUCCGACGAGGAGAAGGUGCGUAUAGCAGCAAAAUUCAUAAUUCAUGCUCCUCCUGGGGAAUUCAAUGAGGUGUUCAAUGAUGUUCGGUUGCUGCUUAAUAAUGACAAUCUUCUCAGGGAAGGAGCAGCCCAUGCAUUUGCACAGUACAACUUGGACCAGUUUACUCCUGUAAAGAUUGACGGUUACGACGAACAGGUUUUGAUAACAGAACAUGGUGAUUUGGGAAAUGGAAAAUUUCUGGAUCCCAAGAACAAGAUUUCUUUUAAAUUUGAUCACUUAAGAAAGGAGGCUACUGAUCCUAGACCCCACGAAGUUGAAAAUGCCAUAGAGUCCUGGAGAAAUUCAGUUGAAACAGCUAUGAAAGCAUAUGUGAAGGAACACUAUCCAAAUGGUGUCUGCACAGUGUAUGGCAAAACAAUUGAUGGACAGCAAACCAUUAUUGCAUGCAUAGAGAGCCAUCAGUUUCAAGCAAAAAAUUUUUGGAAUGGCCGUUGGAGGUCAGAAUGGAAGUUUACAAUCACCCCUUCAACUACUCAAGUGGCUGGCAUCUUGAAAAUUCAGGUUCACUAUUAUGAAGAUGGUAAUGUUCAGCUGGUGAGCCAUAAAGACAUACAAGAUUCUCUAACAGUGUCUAAUGAAGCCCAGACAGCGAAGGAAUUUAUAAAAAUUGUAGAGGCUGCAGAAAAUGAAUAUCAGACUGCUAUCAGUGAGAACUAUCAGACUAUGUCGGACACUACUUUCAAGGCCUUACGUCGACAGCUGCCAGUGACCCGCACCAAGAUUGACUGGAACAAGAUCCUUAGCUAUAAGAUUGGAAAAGAGAUGCAGAAUGCUUAAAGUGAACAGUGCAUGACUGGAUCAUUUUAGUGUCCUUGUAUACAAAUAAAAAUUAUUACAAAAAAUAUUUGGAACUGUCAAAUCACCCAGUCAGCAUGGGCUUUUGCCAUUGAAAAUCACUGUAAGUAGUUUGGUUAGAGCACAAAGCUUAGCUAAUUGACUCUUUUCUUUUUCCUUCCUUUCAGAGGGUUGCAACUUCACUAUAGCUGAAUAUCUUCCUUUAGAGUUUCCGUUGUACCUUUAUUUUUUUAUAAUGAAGAGACCAUGCCUUUAGUUUUCAAUUACACGUUAAGAACAGUUGGAAAAAAUAUUUUUGAAAAUGAUAACCCUUCCUCUUGCUUUCAUGUGAAAUGGACAACUUGCAAAAUUUGCUGGAUUCCUUCUGGAGAUCAGUAACAUGCAUUUCUAGGUCAAGGUCAACAUGGAGUUAGCCAUAGGUGCUGUUUUUGAAAUCAUCUGUCCUUUCAUUGUAUGUAAAAUUGGGAAAAAUGUUUUCUGUAUCAUUUAAGCCUAGAAGACAUACUUGCUAGCCCCAUGGUUAGCUAUUUUUUUUUUUUU